UCCCCUACCGGACACAUGACGGUACUGCUGGCUUUGCCGCAGCACUUCCUGAAGUACAAAAUAAUCAGGAUUGCAUUUCAUUUUGAUUGCUUUCGCCGCUGUUUAUGUAUUAAUUGGGAGAGGGCGUAGGAAUGGAGGCCGUUUACACCCAAGGCAUCUGGAUGGCUGAAAGUCUCCAGCAGAGGACAAUGAGUCAAGAAAAAGUGUGGCUCGUAGUCACUCAUAUUGGAGAUCCUAAAGCAGCCUUCCUGCUCGUCUUUCCUUUCACGUAUUUCAUCAGCAAACGAGUUGGAGUAACAGUGCUGUGGGUAGCAGCUAUAUCGGAGUGGCUAAACUUGGUGUUUAAAUGGAUGCUGUUUGGAGAAAGGCCGUUCUGGUGGAUAGGUGAAUCACGUCUGUUUGUCGACAACCAACCCAAAGUUCACCAGUUUCACUCCACCUGUGAAACCGGCCCUGGCAGCCCGUCUGGACACACCAUGGUGACGGCAGCGGUCUGGUGGGUCGUGGUUUCCUCGCUGGGGUCGUUUCUCUACUCACGUACUCACAGCGUGGUGUUAUCAGCUGCUCCCUACCUGCUCUAUGUGCUGAUGCUGGUGGCAGUUGGAAUCUCCAGGAUCUUCAUCCUCGCUCACUUCCCUCACCAGGUCGUUGCUGGCUCCAUUACAGGUUUCAUUCUGGGGAUUGUUCUGAGCCGCAGAGUACCAGAAGGUCGCCCCCUGCUGUUCUUCUUCAGCUUCAGCAUCGGCCUGCUGCUCGGUACUCUGCUGCUGCAUGCUGGACUGCAGUGGCUGGGAAUCGACCUCUCCUGGUCUAUUGCUUUGGCCAAGAAAUGGUGCAGCCGUGCGGAGUGGAUCCGAUUGGACACAGCCCCAUUUUCCUCUCUGACCCGAGACUGCGGAGCACUUCUGGGUUUGGGUCUGGCCCAGUACUGGAAGCCUGGUGGAUGGUCUCUGCCUUGGACCCCCCGAGCUUUGUCCGUGGCCAUUUCAACCAUGGGACUGUACCACGUCAAUAGCCUGCCGCUCCCGGUCCGACCGCAAGGCCUCUUCUAUGGCCUGGUCUUUGUUAAAUUUGUCAUCGUGCCUCAGAUUGUCAUGGUGCUUGUGCCUGGACUGGUUCACCUUCUCACACACAAAAAGAAGAAGGACUAGAAACAGUUUCUGUAAACGCUUUAAAUGAAUGUUUAAUGUAUUCCAUGCGGGUUGAGGUUAUUGUUAGUCACUCCAUGCUGAUUUUUUGUUUUUUACUUACAGCUCAGCUAGCAAGGCUUGUUUGUUUUCUUAUGAAAUUCAGGGGUCUUAAAUAGGGGGACUGUAGCACAUUUGUUGUAAAUACUACAGUAUUUUUGCCAGAUCUUGAGCUUGUAAAAAAUAAAGUGUCUUGUGGGAAAUGUGCAGUUUUGGGGUAUUGCACAUAUUGUAGACACAUAUAGUCCAGCUUUUGAGACAGAUGUUGGACAACACAUCUUGCGCAGUCUGAAUCACUUGUACUCGAUUUAUUAGCAAUGUUUCAGCACUCAGACGUUAUCACGUGAAACACGGGGAAAAUCAGACCAAAUGUGAGCCCAAGUGAGACAUCACCGGAGUUUACGAAGCUCCCUCGAGAACCACUAAAAGCCUUAUACUUUUUUUUUCUGCUUAUGCAGCAGUAUCACCUGAGAGACAGGCUUUGUUGUGUAAAAUGGGUGGAGUUCUUCAAAAACGCACAAACAGGUUAGGUGGUCAACAGAUGUGUGCAGAUGUGCUUACUUACCUGAACACAUAACAAUAUAAUGAAACCCAACGCAACAACACCAAUAAUGUAAACAUUAAUAGCUUGAGCUGGAUUUCAUCAUAUUGUACAGAAAUUUCCUACUGUGUCAACACGCUGGUGUCAUGUGUUGUCUUGUGGACCAAAAUGAGAAAUGAGAUUUAUAUGUAAUAUUUCAAUAAUAAUAAAGCAAAUGACUGACAUGCGGGGCGUGUUUCAGUUGGUAACCAUUUAUAAA